UUACAAAUUGAUCUUAACAUUGACGCUCCAGCUUUGUACGCACUGAGACCCGCACUGGAUUUCGCUGUCACGAACGCUCUCAUCAAUCAUGACUUCUCAAUCGGGCUCCGAUGGGGCCUUUCGCCAGUACCUCCCCGACCUAAACCAGCCGCGCUUCCAGAAUAUGAAGAAGCAGGAUUCUUAUGAAUACGCUGAUAUUUUUAAGAAAGAGGGCCAACCGCCUUGGCUUCACGGAUUAUACCUACACUGGCGCAAUUUGUUCCAAGAGCCUUACAAGGGCAUCACAAAUGACGGUGUUGUUAGGGACGGCCUAUUCGAACUUCAAGAUGAUGGUAUACCCAUUGACACUAUCGUCGAGGCCGCAGAUAACCUCUGCGCCAACCUCAGCCAGGAUCAGAAGCUCAAGACAUGCUAUCACAUCGACAGCCCUGAAUGGCGCUCAUGGUCAAAUCCCGAGUUUCUCCUCAGCGACAAAGGAAUCCGUCUCGAUGAACUAUCAAACGAGUUGAGGUCAAAGGCGCUUAAAGUUCUGGAACUUACGCUCUCGCCAGAAGGUUACCAAAAGGCCCUCGGCGCCAUGCGAGUAAAUCACUUCCUAGGCGAACUGGUUGAGACACCUGCCAUCAUGAACGAAUUCUCCUACAAUUUUGUUCUCUUCGGUGAACCGUCAACGACUCGGCCUUGGGGUUACUCAUUCUACGGACAUCAUCUGUGUCUGAACAUCUUUCUGUACAAGGCUCAGAUUGUGGUGUCGCCGUGGUUCACUGGCGCCGAGCCUAAUCUUAUUGAUGAUGGACCUUACAAGGGUACACGAAUUCUGGACAAGGAGGAAACUCUCGGAUUGCGUCUGAUGCAGAGUCUUUCACCAGAGCAGCAAAAAGCAUCACAAGUGUAUAAACUUAUGAAAGACCCUGCGAUGCCUCAUGGACGAUGGAAUCAUGAUGAUCAACGGCAUCUCUGCGGUGCUUACCGCGACAACAGGAUCGUUCCAUACGAAGGAAUUCUCGUGUCCAAUAUGUCGAACCAACAGCAAGAUUAUAUCCUCGGCAUCGCAAAUGAAUUCUUCCUUUACUUACCCGAUAAGGCGAGAAAGCUGCGCCUGGAACUGUUGAAGAAGUGGUUCCAUGAGACUUACUGGUGCUGGAUUGGAGGAUACGGCGAUAAUGAUCCGUUUUACUAUCGGAUCCAGAGUCCGGUGGUGAUAUUUGAGUUUGAUCAUCAUUCAGGUGUGUUUCUGAAUAACAAGGAACCUGCCAAGUUCCAUAUCCAUACGCUCAUGAGGACGCCUAAUGGUGGGGAUUACGGUAUGGCGCUGAGGCCGCUAAUACCGGGUAUCAAGCAAGAGUUUCUUUGGGAAGGGUAGUCAUCGAAUAUGGGAAUGUCUCAAUGGUAGAGUUGUUAGUAUCUCAUCAGAGUAGAAUGUUAAACGUGGCGUUGAUUUGGGCGA